GGCUCAACGAGUGAGCCCUGCCGAGAUACAAGGGCUCGAACACCAAGAAAGUCUUCUCUGUCUUCGUCGAGACUACUUGGUCAUUCUGAUUUAGAGAGCGGAGCGAUUCGUGAUCGUUGAGAGUGUCCCGAAUGGAAGUUGAUGGAUCCCGUUCUAGAUCAUUCUCCUUCCCACAUUCACAUAGAGACAGCGCAUUGAUGAAUGUUUAUGUUGCUUUUUCCCACCCCCUGCACGCACCUCAAUCAGCUAGAAACGAAUCAGCUAGAAGUAGAAAUGAGUCAGAUAUAGCCACUGUAUGUAGUGAAGAAGUGGCGUAGUUGUGUUGAGGCCGCUUGGUUUUACGUACUUAUUUUAGGUGUGUGAUUGGUUCUCAAAAAAUUCAAGAGAAGACUUUAGUUGUGUGAAGAGUUUAGUUGCAUCUUACUUUGAUACACUUGAAGACUUGUAGUCGAUCUAGCUAUUCUUUUCUGGAUUAUCUACUAUGUAUCUGCAUUGUGGUCAAAUCAGAUAACUUGCCAACGCUCCCGCUCGUCGCUAAAAAGGCAGUCCAUUUUAUGAAUAUAUAUAAGUUUUUUAACGCGCAUGAUUGAUACCCUUCUAGCAAUAUUCACCAAACUAAAAUGUCAAGAUAAUCAAAUCGUGACGAUUUCUCUUUGAAAUCAAUAUCAAAAGAUGGUGCGUCCCGAAAGUUUAACUGUCCCAGUCUCAGCUGGCUAUGCUGUCGUCGUCAUCGCAUUUGUCGAUUUUCUAGGUAUCGGGAUCCAGUCUACGACGCUCCCCUUCGCCGCAACGCGUGUCUUUGGAGCUUCCGCAGCGCUUACCACUUUUCUCUUUCUCGGUCGCUGCAUGGCAGGCAUCUUCUUUCCGCCUUACCUCGUACGAUGGGCCGACCAUUACGGACGCGCUUUCGUGCUGAAAGUGAGCUUGUAUGGAGCUGGGGUGUGUGGACUCCUAAUGGCCAUGUCCAACAGUUUGCCAGAAUUGUUCGUCGCAGUGGCAUUGUCUGGGUCUUGGACCGCGGUGCCUCACUUGGUGCAGAUCUACAUCGCUGAUGUAACGCCAGAAGAUGAAGAAGCAAGAGCGUUUUUACUCAGUUGGGCAACGAACAUGCCAAUGAUGGCCUGUUUGGUUGGUCCAGCAUUGGGAGGUUUGUUGUACGAUACUUUGGGUUGGCGUGCACCUCCUAUUUUGGGAUCUAUGGUUUGUUUCGUCACUGCUGCUUUGCUUACGCUCUUUCCGGCUACGUUAUUGCCAGAGACACCAUCUUGGCUACAGGCUAAAGAGGAAGAAAGGAAAAAACUUGCUGUUGAAGAACAGGAGAAGUACACUGUACCUGGAGGAAAAACCGCUGCGCCAGCUGCGCUCGCUCUUGGAGGACCUACAUCUGGACCUACAAGAACUCCUGGACAGUUAGAACAACCUUUAUUGGCUAAAAACACUAGAAAUUUGGCGGCUGAUGGAACAAUAUUAACCUCAAAAAAGCAGGGAGCUGGAACUUUGGUGGAUCCAGUCGGUUCUGAAACCCGAAAGAGUCUUAGCGAGGGCGCUUCAGUCAUGGGCGUGAUUGAGCGAUUGUCCCACUCGCUGUCAGUGGUGAGUCGUUCGACGAUGAAAAAACAAGACGUCGCUUCAGGACGCAGAAUGACAAGAACGUCAUUUGCUGUUCCAGCUACGACGAACGUUCCUGAAAUGCAAAAAAUAGCCAAGGACGAAAGAAACAUGAGCCCAGAAGGAGAAGAAAUCAAAGCCGCCAAGCAAAAGAAGACCCGUAUUAUGAUGUAUUAUGCAGAAAGCUUUAAUCGCUCGGCAUCUGCGCAAGGGUAUUGCUGCGCUUACGCGCUCUUCUUUCAAACGGCAUUCGGCUUCGGACCAACCCAGAUGGGUCUCGCAGCUACCCUCACGGGGAUUGGCUUGACUGUGGCUUGCGUAUUCCUCUUCCCGAUCGCGCGUCGCUAUUUCAAGAGCGCAAAACGAAUCCAAGGGGCAUCCUUCGUUUGCACUUCGGCACUGAUUUUGUUGACCAUCAUGGCGAACGUUGGGAGUGAAGCAUUCCGAGUCGUGAUGCCGCCUCCUGCUGGUCCUCAUCGUGCACAUCUUCAGGAAAAAAUCAACACUGAAUCCUCCCAAAUACACGCACACCAAGAAAAAGCUCCAGCUCUGAAUCCGCCUCCUCCUAGCAAAACAGCGAUGCAUUGGGACUCACCGUUUUAUGUCACCCUCACUCUGGCGACAGUGCUCGUGCACCUGACCUUCUUCAUCGGGAUCGACCUGCGUGCCAAUGCUCUUCCGAUCUUAGUUGCCGCGGACACGAAUCAAAACGACCGAGCCUCGAUAUUUUCCCAGAUUGCUUUAUGGCUCUCAGAUGCAAUUCAACCAUGUUCCGUAAAAAACGUUCAUGUGAUGAAGAAGUUGAAAGCUCUUCAAAAUUGAACUCUACUUUUCAUCUUUAAUUACUAGUAUAUAUGUUCCAGGGCGCGGGGCGACGCCUUCCCCUAGCGGGGGGGAGCGGGGGGGGCCGGGCGCCCUGGACCCCUUUUCCAGCCGUCUGCCGGGGGGGAAGGCCUCAAAAGGGGGCCCAGUAACCUCCCCCCCCGCUCCCUUCCAGCUGCCUGGCUGUUCCCUAGGGGCCUCCGAUGGUGGUGGGAGGCUUCAAAAGGGGCCCAAGGGACCGCCUGCGCCCCCGUCCAGGUGCCUGCUUGUGCCCUAAGUGCAUCCGUUAGGCCUCGCCGCCGCAGCCGUGCCGCCUGUACCCUCCGGGCCCUUGGUCAUCGGCUUGCUUGCUCUUGCGACCGUGGCCGCCUUCGGCGGCCUUUUACCCUGGAGGCCUUCCGCCUGCGAGGGCCAGCAGAGGUCACGAGGCCCCUCAGGAAUACGCGGAGAGGCCCAAGGGGAGGCCCGCGCCAAGUUUUGACGCCUUCCACCACUACGAUCCGUGAAGAAUCCGCGCGGGAAAGCGCGCGCGCGCGCCACCACAGACCAGGCCACAGGGGGUGAGGGGGGGGCCGUCCGGCCCUGAGUCAUAUUGAAGGAGUUGCGUCAAGGAUCCUCGUGUCAGUCAUCAAGCACUGUCGCUGUUCUCUCCGCUUCAAAGCUCUUUAAAAGACUUGCUUCAAAGCUCUUGAAAAGCAGAAGUCUAAAUGUUAUCUACCUAUGUCUAUGUCAGUCUAAUUACCCUGGCGGCUGGUGCUGGUCGGACAAUCGGCGUAUUCUCUGCAGCCGUUGGGCAAUUGAUUUUUUCCGUAACCUACAUGCCCGUCCUGUUGAUGCCUGCGGCUUUUCUGACUCUUAUCCUGUUCACAACGCAAAAAAGCGCUUUUGAGACACAUCCUGUCGAAGGGGUCGAAGGGAUGAACAAGAGACUUGGGAACGAACAAGUUGAAGCUGCUGACGAGGAUCAUCACGACCAUAAUCCUCGUUUAUCCACCGUUAUUAAAAGGCGUACAACUAGAACUACAAACAUCAAGCAGGCUGGAUUUGGAGAAGAUGAUAAGGAAGACGAGGCACACAAGCGACUGUCUGCCAUUUUUACUUCCGGACGACAAGGCAAUGCUAAUAAUGCUGUGGAGGACAAAACAAACGCACCAAGUGGUGGUGCUUUUUUUCACCGUAUGAGUCAAGCAUUGGGCGCGGACGGAGUGACAAAUCUCGGUAUGGGAGAAGGCCGUUUGUACUGCAGCGCAGCCGAACCGCCCAUGAACGAUGGCGCGUUCGCAGCGCACAUGGGAUACCAUGAUCAUCAGGAGUGAAUUUGAAAUUGAAUAAUGUUAUUCUGCUCGCGAACAUUAGUUACGCUAAAUAUCCGUCAACAAAUUAAGCUGAAUGCUUCCACUCUGCGAUUCCGAUUUAAAAUGAUAAAAACAGGCUUGCUCUGUAAUGGGGCUUGUAUGUCGUGAACACCUUCAACUCAUGUUUUCAGGGGGGCGACAAGCCUGAUCCGCUGUUUAUGAACGCGGACGCUGUACGGCUGAAAAAGUUGGUUCACCUUGUGAAUCCCUUAAAUGUAGCGCCGACUUGUUUCAGUUGAAACAUGUGCAGAAUGAUAAUGCGGGCGCGUUUUUGUAAUUUGUUCAAUCGUUUGACUGGUCUCGUCCUUCGUCUUUGUGCUGUUCUUCUGAGCUUGAUCAGGAUGAUCGUCAUCUUGAUCAUCUUGUUCAUCAUUUUCAUCACCAUGAGACCCAUAGAACUGGAACAGAAUGAGACUAAGAGUGAGGACCUUCCUACUUAUGAACUUUAGAGCGUGACGAUUUUGGGGACCUUCUGAUCAAAUCAAAGCUGAAAACAAUGGCAGGGGGAUCCAUUAUUUUUCCGACACCGCAC